AUGGCUUCUCAGUCUCAGGUCCCAGAGCAUGGAGUUGACCAUGACAAUCUGCGUCAUGUGGUCAUUACCUCGACGUGCUUUGCUUUCAUCCUGUCUACUACUGCUGUUGCAUUCCGGGUGCUUUCUCGGAAAGUAAACAGGACCGGCUUGUUUCUGGAUGAUAUUCUCAUGAUACUAGCCUUGAUCUUUGAAUAUGGAAUAUCUAUCGCGGGAGUUGUCAUGCUGUACAAUGGCCUAGGCACCCACAUUAUCUACUUGAAGCCGUCCCAGUUGACGGUCUACCUGAAGACCCUCUUCACCGGCUCCAUUCUCUACACCUGCUGCAUUGCAUGCAUCAAACUGUCCAUCCUAAUGCUCUACCGCCGCCUGUUUCCAACCAAGUACAUGUACGUCGCGGCCAACACCGUGGCCAGCAUCGUCAUCCUAUGGGCCUUUGGCGGCAUUCUCGUCGGUUGCUUUACGUGCAUACCGACAGAGAAGUCCUGGCAUCCCGAGAUCCCCGGUGGCUGUAUGGAUCUGGGCAAGUUCUAUUACGGACUACAGAUCCCGAACAUUGUCACCGACGCUCUGAUUCUGUUUAUGCCCAUCCACGUCGUCUGGGGCUUGCCGAUUUCCAAAGCGCAGAAGGUCGGACUGUCUGGGAUUUUCGUUGUGGGAUUCCUGACGCUGGUCUUCGAUAUUGUCCGACUGGUUGCUCUCGUCGAUCUCUCCAAGUCCGGAACGGACAUUACCUACAACCAAGUGAACGCGAGCGUGUGGACAUGCAUCGAGCCUGCCGUGGGGAUCGUGGCCGCCUGUCUGUCGAACAUGCUACCCUUGUUCAAGCUCGUCCACGGCAAAUUCUGGACCAGAGUCGGCUCCCGGGGCCACACUAGCCAGGAGACAAUGGUUAACGAGAAAGGGCAAUGGCCUCGUCAAACCCCCAGCCCUAGCAUGGGCACCACCAACUCCCACUCCCACAGCGAGGGUGAGCAGGCAGUGUAA